ACCAAAAAUGUAUCAAAAUGAAAAUGUCGCAAAUCUCGAGUCUCAACAAAAUAUUCCUAUUUGAGAGUUUCCGUUCCGUGCGUUGCAUAAACUGUGAAAGUUACACAAAAAUAUUGUACGACGGAAUUAUUUCUUAUUAAAUUUUAUAUAAAAUAGUCCAUUACCAUAUGCCAUCCUUUAAUGUGACUCGCUAUAACCAACGUUGUUUUUAAGACAUACGUUAUCACACCUAAGUAAUUUAAAAACAAUUGCUCUGGACAUAAAAUUUCAAUAAAUAAGUUAGAUGUUCAUAUUGUUUAAAUAACUCGACAAUGCGCGGAUAUAUGCGCAUGGGUCUUAAAUUAGCGUGUCAACAAUUAGUUAACCAACCAAUACAUUUUACCCAGACAGUACUUGAUCCUGCGUAGUGCGCAGUUUCGCUAGUCCGUUCUAUAAAUAGCCUUCAGGUCCAUCAUUCAAAAAUGUCUCGCCUGGACCUGGUGAUAUUCGGUGCGACGGGGUUCACGGGUAAACAUGUCGUUAUGGAGAUGAAUAGACAGUUGAAGCGUUACCCGCUUUCUUGGGGUAUCGCUGGACGCUCUCAAGCCAAAUUAGAGGAGGUAAUCAAGGAAGCCGCACAGAAAACCGGUAGCGAUGUGUCAGCCUCAGUAAUAAUAGCUGACGUGAACGAUGAGAAAUCCCUUAAGAACAUGUGCAGCCAGGCCAAGGUGUUAGUAAACUGUUGCGGGCCAUACCGGCAUUAUGGGGAGGCGGUGGUCAAAGCUGCCAUCGAAUCCAAGACACAUUACGUGGAUAUUGCUGCUGAACCCAUAUUCAUAGAAUCUAUGUACCUUAAAUACAACCAAGCUGCACGUGAAGCUGGAGUAUACGUGAUCAGCGCGUGUGGCUUUGACAGCAUUCCUACUGACUUGGGAGUUGUCUUUCUAGAAAAUAACUUUGGAGGAAUAGUGAAUUCAGUUGAAUCAUACAUUACUGCUGAUGUGUCAAAACACUUAGUAGGAGGGGCAAUGGUGAACUACGGCACGUGGGAGUCUCUCAUAUAUGGUAUACUAGACUUUAAUAAAUUACCCGAUUUGAUGAAGAAGAUAUAUCCCGAACAGAUGCCAGAAUUUAAUCCAGAACUUAAAGCCAGGUAUCCAUUCCAUCGUCGGUUGACUGGAAGAAGUUUACCUCUCUUCGGCGCAGACGCACCUAUAGUAUACCGCACACAAAGAACCUUGUACGAGAGAGAUGGAAAGCGACCGAUCCAACAUAAGACUUAUAUCGAGUUCGCUGGCAUUUCGUCCGCGAUGGCAGUCGCCUUCUUUGCGUUGAUCGGCUACGUACUCCUCAAAUUAAGGUGCAUUCGGAAUCUCUUCCUGAAUCACCCACGUGUUUUUACGUUGGGUGCCAUCACCCGCGAGGGUCCUAGUGAGGAAGUGAUGAACAGUACUAUCUUCUCAUUUGUGCUGUUUGGUGAGGGAUGGAGCGAAGGAACUGAUAUCACCACACCACCUGAUAAGAAACUGGCUGUUAAGGUUUCAGGUGUGAAUCCCGCAUAUGGUGCGACAGUUGUUGCUCUCUUGUUCUCGGCACUCACAAUACUUACUGAGAAGGACAAAAUGCCAAAAGAAACUGGUGUUCUUACAACGGGAAUUGCUUUCAAAGAUACCAACAUUAUCAAACACCUCCAUGAAAAUAACCUAAACUUUGAAGUUAUCAAUGAAACAGUUUGAGAAUUAGAUUUAAUUUAUUUUAGUAUUAAUACAAAAUGUGUCUCUUUAAUCUUUUUAACAGCAUUCAUUAAGAUCAUAUACUUAAGCCAUUUAGUUAAAUGGGUUUACUAUUGUGGCCAUUCACCAACUGGCGCUGAAAAGCGGUGGAAACAGAUAGUGCGCUCAGACAUGAGCUGCCGAUUAAAGAGAGAUACUAUUGAUACAGUUGAGAGCCUAAAAAGAUAUACUGCCGUAUCAUUGUGGCUUAUAUCUUACCUUAAACGAAUCGUUACCUAAUCAUGCAUUAAUUUCAUACUUAAGUUACAUAGAUAUUUAGGUAUAAAAUUCUAUAAUUGAGUUUAAAACUCAAAGUAUGUGAAGUAUAUGUUAACGGGCCAUAGACAAAAAUAUAUUGCGACGAAAUAGUCACAAAUGGACCAAGCGUGAGUCAUUUCCAUAAAAAAUCGUUUGGAGUUCGUAGGUCGUGCCUGUUGAAAAGUGAUUUUGUUCCAGUAUGACUUAUGAAUGAUUUUCAACUUAAGAGUAAUGUUAUAAGAAUAAUGAAGAGAUCUUUUGAAUUUAUUGGUAUCGGUAUAAUGGCUAUUAUUUUAUUAAUGCGUUAUUAUUUUAAAUAAAAUAGAUUUUUCUAUUAUGUUUUUUAUUUUAUGUAUAUAGAGGAAUUUUGAAAACAUACAAGUAGUGUUACGUUCUUUUACAUGAACAUUGAAUAAACAGCUUAAAAAAAUUGCGUAGCCGACAUUUUUAAUAAUAUGUUGUUACGCGCUUGUUGUUUGUUUUCUUACGCGCUCAAAAAUGUUCAUUAUACUCAAAUAUGUUUAUAAUAGGUACUCAAAAAUGUAUGCUUCAUAAAUACAAAUUUAAAAAAUACUGAACUAUAUCUCUUGUACUCUUGUUUAACAACGCUCGUGCGUCAUGUUGAAACAUCUCUGGCAACCAUUAUUUAUCGUAAACAGGUAAUAAAAAAUUUUAGAAAAAAAAUACUCCAAAAAAUUAGCCACUUUUUUUAGAGCUGCGAUAGAAUCUCCGUUUUUGUGAGUUUUAUUAUCGCAGUUAAGUACGUAAAAUGGAAAAACAUAUGAUUUUAAUUGUUGCAGCGCCAUGAAAUAUUAAGUAAUGACUUUAUUAAUGUGGUUGGUUCUUCAGUACACAGUUGUUAACAUCGAGUUAACGUUGUGUUGCGAACAUCGGAAUGUAAUUUAUAUUUUAUAGUCAUAUUAAAAACUAAACCUAUACAAAUGGCGGAAGAAUGUGAUGUAAUAAUUUUUGGAGCGAGCGGCUAUACUGGCCGAUUCGUGAUUACGGAGAUGAUACGAAUAUGCCGGAAUUACCCGGAUAUCCGUUGGGCAAUCGCUGGUAGAUCUAAACCAAAAUUGGAAGCUGCUUUGUUAGUUGCCAAGAACAACGGAGAAGACGUAUCGGGUAUCCAAAUAAUAAUAGCUGAUGCUGAAGAUGAAGAAUCUAUUAAGGCAAUGUGUCGUCGCUGUAAGCUCGUAAUGAACUGUAGCGGACCGUUCAUGUGGUAUGGAGAAGCAGUUGUUAAAGCAGCCAUUGAAUGUAAAAUACAUUACAUAGAUGUGUGCAGUGAAUUUACGUUCUUGGAAACCAUCAAGAAAUAUGACGCCGCAGCAUGCGAUAGUGGUGUAUUAGUGAUCAAUGCGUGUGGUCUUGGAUGCCUAACUGCUGACCUGGGAGUCCUUUUCCUUCAACAGCAGUUCCAAGGAACAUUGAAUUCGGUAGAAGCAUAUCUGACGACACAGCCUGAUGUGAUCAGAGGCUUGCCAAAGAACGUCAUCAGGAAUAGUACGUGGGAGGCUUUGGUCUACGAUAUGAUGGCGAAACCUUUUUGGGGCAGUUCAAAGGUACAAGGAGAUCUUAACUUGGAGCCGGAAUUAAAGACAAGGACUUUCGUGCAUAAGAGAUUCAACCGCUGGUGCAUUCCAUUCCCAGGGUCGGAGGAAAUCGUUGUUGAGCGAACCCAGAACUAUUUUAAACAUUCCCGUCCAAUACAGUUUAAGCGUUACCGUUCCCUACCAUCUCUUUUCACUUCUCUUGUUUCCAUUAUUGGUGGCUACCUCAUCCUUCUCCUAUUAAAAUUCUUCGGUUUAUGUUCUUUCUUUAUAAAAUACCCAAGGAUCGCCUCACUGGGGUUGGUAACGUAUGGAGAUCCAGAUGAAAAGAUAAUGGAAAGACUGAGAUUUGAUUAUCUGAUGGUGGGAGUUGGUUGGAAGGGAGAUGUAAAGGGACCUCCGUGCGAAGAGAUGAUAGUUGAAGUUUACCCAAUAGGUAAACGAAAUGCGCCAUACGAGGGAACGGCGAUUGCUGUAAUCUAUUCUGCCCUCACUAUUCUUACGGAGAGAGAGAAAAUUCCCAAGUGUGGAGUUUUAACACCCGGAGCAGCCUU